AUGUCUGUCCCCAGCAAAACUACCGUCCACGUCAUCAGCGGAGGUCCGGUCGGAUCGUACGCCUCGGCCCUCCUGGCGCACGAGAAUGUCGAUACUGUCCUGCUGGAAGCAGACAAGUUCCCUCGGCUCGCAUCGAUGCGCUUCUUCCUCCGGUUCAUCGGUCUCGAGAAGCGGUUCGACGCGCACGGCUUCCAGAAGAAGCACGGUGCCACGUUCAAGAUCAACUCCAAGCGCGAGGCCUACACCGACUUCUCCGCCUCACUUGGACGGGGCGGCUACGCCUGGAACGUCAUCCGCUCCGAGUCCGCCACGACGAUUCAGGCGGUGCGCCGGGGCGAGACCAGCGAGUUCUACGCGGCCAAGUGGCACUCGAGCAAAGUCACCGAGGGCUACACGCGGUUGCUCCUGGUGGUCAUGGCGGUGCUCCGUCAGCUGCGCAAGCAGAAUGCGGCCGUCAUCAGCGACGACGGGGAGGAAGGAUUUGACACGGCGUUCGGGCUCAUCCAGCCUGUCAUCCAGGGCCAAGCGGACACGGGCGAAAUCGAGCAGCAGCGGAUGGUGGCCGGGGUCGAGCUCUCGCUGGAGCGGUUCAACUGGGCGCCAGCGGAGGUCGAGCAGGCCGUCCUCAACAAGGUGCAGUCUGCGGGACAGAAUACGGAGGAGCUGGAGAAGCUCACGCGGGACGAGCUGGCGGUGCUGCAGAUCAUAAUCGGGCGACAGCUCCGGAUGACCAAGGUGGAGAAGAAUCUGGACAACUUCGCCCGAGAUGUGAUCGACGGGUGGGCAGCCCGGGUCGAGCGCGGAAAUUUGAGGUUGCAGCGCGCCGAAACGAGUAUCAUGACGGCAGAGAUAAAGGAUCUGUUCCAGUUGAACCGGUCUUUGGAUUCGACCAAAGCGGAGAUUCAGCGUCCGGCCUGA